AAUGCCAAUUGCAAUGACGAAAGACGAAUGGUCAAGAAUUGAACGAUGGGCGGAAGGAAAUAGAGAAGAACAAGAGGUAGCCCGCAGACGAGAUUACGUGCGGUACCUAAACGAGACCAGCCGGGAGAUGACAAAGAACUGGCCUAACUCUUUGGAGAAUGUAAAUAAACGUAACGAAGAGCUCCGGCGAGCACGCAUCGAAGCAGCCGAGCGGGCCAAUAGCAAAUUCUACAAACGAUACGUGAAGCGAAAGCAGGAAGAGCAGGAAAGACUAUUACACAAUGCGAGAGACACCAUCUUUAAAAAUAAAGAUGCGCCUAAACUGCUUUUGAGUGCCGUAAUUGAAACGGUUAUCCAAAAAGAACGCCAGGAGCAAAUCAAGUUUAAACAGGAACUUCAGAAGCAGAAACAAGAACAGAAGAAAAGAGACGACGACGAAAUAAUUAGCAAAGCAAAAGAGUGGCACGAACUGAUGGCGAUCCGUAAAAAACGGCGAUUCGAAGCUAAUAAACAGCACCAGGGAGAAAUAUUAGAACAAGCUCAUGAAGUGUCGGAACGCAGUCGCAUAGAGUACGAAUCGGAGUUGAACUUACAAAAGAUCGACAAUAUCAAGGCGGAGGAACAAAUGGAUGCUAUCAGACAGUUUGAAACGGAUUUCAAAGCAGCAGAGAAAGCUCGCAUCUGGUCCGACAUGCAGCGCUCGAAGAAUGAGGCGGAGCAACGACAGCGCGAGAAACAAGCGCGUGACGACCUCGACCAGCGCCUGCUCGCCGUGCUCACCCGCGCGCGUGCGCGCACCGACCACAGGAGGCGGCUCACGGAGAAACAGAUCCAGGAAGAGAGGCUGCAGGUGUUGCAGAAGAUCAGCGAGUCGCUUGAGAGUGGUGACGCGGCCCGCGAGAGUGAAGAACGACGGAGACUCGAGGCAGCCGUGAGGGAGAAGGAGGCCGCGGCAGAAGCUCGUCGCGAAGCGGAUAUCCGCAAACAGAAGCAAUUCAAGCAGCAGCGCAUCGAGACCAGGCAACAAUUUCUGAAAGAGCAAGAAAAAUCUCUCCAAGACUUCAACACCACGCGCCAGUGGGAAAUCAUGAACAGAUUUAAAAACGCAGAAUUAUAUGAAGAUUUCAAGGAGAAAUUGCGAGAAGAGAAAGCGCGUAAAGUACAGCAGUAUAGAGAGGAUAUUAUUAAGCAAUGGCACGAGCGCGACGAGCGCGAGGCGCGCGCACGCGCCGAGCUGCGGCACUUCUACGGACCGCGCGCCGAGCACGAACUGCGCGUGGCCGACCAGCGCCUGCUCGCGCACGCGCGCGCUCUCGCCGACGAGGCGCGGGCGCACGGCCGGCCCGAACGCCCGCUGCUGCGCGCCGUGGACCGCUACUGCAAGAUGUAUCGCCUGUACGCGAUGCCGGAUCUGCCGGCCUCAAUGCAGGAACAUUUCCCGCACUACGCGCCCGAGGACCGCAGAGACGGACUGGGACACGAAAAGGCGAAUUCAUCGAAGGGCCUUAAAUAUGAGCAGGGUGCCGACGAUUAUAAGAGGAAGGGUCCAGCUAACGGUCUACAGGCGCGCCAGACGGAGGAGGUGUCGCUGCCGUCGCUGGCGCAGCGGGCUGGGGGAACAAAUGAAACCACGUCGUAGAAAAUAAUCAUUAUUUUAUUUAUCAUCUCAACUUUAGAACUUUUUGUCUGUUUUCAUUUCACAUAGAGAGCAAUAUGGCACCAGUGUUUUCAAUGUUCGUGACUAGAAACAAUGUGAUGAAAUUUGAUCGUGAAUACAGUAGAUCGAUGGGA